CAUCUUCCCCCGGCAGACUGAUCCUCAGAUAGAGCCUAGACGAGGGGGACACAGGAAAUUAUAUGUGGCUCCCACUGUCAUUUGAAGACAUAGAUCGUUAGACGCCAGGACAGCCGGUGUCAGUCGCGAAGGAUAAAAAUUCGAAGGACUAAUUUGUUUUGUUUUUUUCAUCGGAUCUGACAGAGGAAUAUACCAGCUUUUAACGUCAGACAGAAACCCCUAGUACUUAUGCAAAGAACGGAAAACAUAGCUACGAGCGGGGAUUAAUAUCCAAAUAUGAAGCGAAUGUAACCUAGAUAGAUGCAUUAGUCCAGAGGAUAGGCAAUUAUAAAUCAGCAUGUAGUUGGUAACAGUGCGAACACUGUACAGCACCGCCGGUACAUGUAAACAAACAGCUAAUGAAGCUAGCCGAAGUUAGCCGUUUGCAGGUUAGCAUCCCAGUGCUACAGCUAGUAGACUAAAGUAGAACGAAGGUAAACCGAUCUGAACAAGCCUGUCGUCGGCUUGAAAACCAUAUUACACGUCAAUAUACUUAUCAGCAGCUGAUGACACGUAUUGAUGUUAUCCUAGUAUGCAGUUAUUAACAAAAAUAGCCUCGCAGCUAACGUCGGCUAAUUGUUAUUCCCAUUAGCAGUCCAGUGUAAUAUAAUUUCAAGCAGCACGUUAGACCAGGGUCAUAUCUGGCGCUAGGUGUGCUUUAACAUCGUCUCCAUUUAAACACUUCACUUUUAGGGUUACUGUGAUGGUAGAAUAGUUAAUGUGGAUAUCUGGAGCAGGUCAGCUCAUUGCCGAGGAGAGUAGGAUGAAGGAAACUUCAUGACUUCUGGACUAUUUAAUCACAUCCAUACCUUGGCCAGGAGAUCUGCUGUGUGUCCGUGUUGUUAGCUGUACAGUGAGGGACUGGACAUGUUCGUGUUUAGUUUCUCUUCUCUUCAGACUGUUUGACAGCGACGCUGUUAGCUGCUGAGUUUGGCUCAUCUCAGCUACAGCUCUAAAGUCCGGUCCGACAGACGAGAGGAGCUUCUGUCCAGGUGUAUGGCUGUGAGGAGCUGUAAAUGGGCAGGGCAUGUUGAACACUUCUGAAUAACUAGUACUUGUUGUGGGGAUAUCGGAUCGCAGCUCUUGAAGAAGUUCGGGCGUCCCUUGGCCGUGCUAGUCGAGCUUGGUCAGUGUGUCAUGGAGCCGAGCCGGAGGGCCCGGCGGUAAGCCUCUCAGCUGUGUUUUGGUCGCUAGUAAGCUCCCCUCCCCCAGUCUUCAGACUCCUGAUUCUCCUCGAGUGUUGGACACUGUUCGCCAGGCUUCCCUUGAUUUUUAGACCGAAAAAACACCGUGGCCUCAAGUCGCAGUCCUCUGGACUCCGCAGCACUUAAAAAGUGGAUGUAAUGGAACUGAUGUUCGCCGAGUGGGAGGAUGGGGAGAGGUUCUCUUUUGAAGACUCGGACCGGUUUGAGGAAGACUCUCUGUGCUCCUUCAUCUCCGAGGCCGAGAGUCUGUGUCAGAACUGGAGGGGAUGGAGGAAACAGUCUGCUGGACCAAACUCUCCGACUGUCAAGAUUAAAGAUGGUCAGGUGAUUCCACUGGUGGAGUUGUCAGCGAAGCAGGUCGCGUUCCACAUCCCGUUUGAGGUGGUGGAGAAGGUCUAUCCCCCUGUCCCGGAACAGCUGCAGCUCCGCAUUGCCUACUGGAGCUUCCCUGAAAAUGAGGAAGACAUCAGGUUAUAUUCCUGCCUGGCUAAUGGGAGUCCAGAUGAAUUCCAACGAGGAGAGCAGCUCUACAGGAUCAGAGCUGUCAAAGACCCCCUGCAGAUUGGCUUCCAUCUCAGUGCUACAGUCGUUUCCAGUCAGUCCGGUCAGUCUAAAGGGGCCUACAAUGUGGCGGUCAUGUUUGACCGCUGCCGUAUCACCUCCUGCAGCUGUACCUGUGGCGCCGGGGCCAAAUGGUGUGCCCAUGUGGUGGCACUCUGCCUCUUCAGGAUCCAUAAUGCCUCAGCAGUCUGCCUUAGGGCUCCAGUCUCUGAGUCUUUGUCCAGGCUGCAAAGGGACCAGCUCCAAAAGUUUGCCCAGUACCUCAUCAGUGAGUUGCCGCAGCAGAUCCUACCCACAGCCCAACGUCUGCUGGAUGAGUUGCUCUCUUCGCAAUCUACUGCUAUCAACACUGUUUGUGGAGCUCCAGACCCAACGGCAGGCCCUUCAGCAUCUGAUCAGAGCACCUGGUAUCUGGAUGAGUCCACACUUAGCGACAACAUCAAAAAGACGCUACACAAGUUCUGUGGACCUUCACCUGUUGUUUUCAGUGAUGUAAACUCUAUGUACCUGUCGUCUACGGAGCCACCAGCAGCUGCUGAGUGGGCUUGUUUGCUGCGACCUCUAAGGGGUCGAGAGCCAGAAGGCAUUUGGAACCUUCUGUCCAUUGUCCGGGAGAUGUUUAAGAGAAGAGACAGUAAUGCUGCUCCACUGCUUGAGAUCCUCACUGAACAGUGCCUCACCUAUGAACAGAUCAUCAGCUGGUGGUAUAGUGUUCGGACGUCAGCAUCCCACAGCAGUGCCAGUGGGCACACUGGGCGCAGCAAUGGCCAGUCGGAGGUGGCAGCUCAUGCCUGCGCUAGUAUGUGUGAUGAGAUGGUGGUUCUGUGGAGGCUGGCAGUGCUCGACCCUACAAUGAGCCCCUGCAGGCGUAUGGAAUUGGCAGGCCAGUUGAAGCAGUGGCACCUGAAAGUUAUAGAGAUAGUGAAGCGAGGACAACAUCGCAAGUCCCUGGAUAAACUGUUUCAGGGCUUCAAACCUGCUGUGGAGUCCUGCUAUUUCAACUGGGAGGUGGCCUACCCACUGGAUGGUAUCACCUACUGCUGUGCGGAUAAGAAGAGUGCCACAUUCUGCUGGUCCAGGGCAGUGCAGCACCAGAGAGGAGUCAAAGCUGCUGCAGCAGGAGGUAGUGAAUUUUCUGAAUCAGUGGGAGGAGGCAGAGUUGAGGGUGGAGCUGGGGCAGACUAUAAAGGAAGAGGAAGUGGUCACACCUUACAACAGGAGGUUGCAGUGCGACCAAAGGAGACUAUUCUGAACAAGAGGAAGGGUCUGUCAGUGAGUGGAGGUGGGGGGGUACUUGUCCGUCUGGGAGGGAGCGUCUCACUGUCCCUAGAGGACGGAGGAGGGAAAUGCAUGUACAAAGGGCCAGGCUCCUCCUCUGGAGGGAAGCUGAAACUGACACAGGGAGGAGGGAAGGGGGCAUCUGUAGGCGGUCCUGGAGGAAGUGGAGGCUUAGGGAGUAGCAAACAUGCUAGUGCCAAGCGCAGAACAAGCAGUGAGGACAGUUCCCUGGAGCCUGAUCUAGCUGAGCUCAGUCUAGAUGAUGGCUGCAGCCUGGCUCUUGGGGCUGAGGCCAGCAACACGUUUGAGUUCCUCCCUCCGCCACCAGAGAUGCUGCCCUCUCCAAGCCCACUGCUCCGAGACUCACGCAAGUACAGCGGUAGCAGUGGAGGAAGCAAGAUUUUUGAAACAAAUCGUGUCAGUCAUGCCUCAACUGCACUUGCUGCUGUACAACCGGCGGCACAGUGCUUCCCAUCCAAGGAAACUGUGGUGGUUGUUAUGGACGUGCCCAGCACUACAGAAACAGAAGCAGAGGUGGAGCCUGUCGAAACGAGAGAUGAAGAUGUAGACUCAGCUGGCAGUAACCAGCCUUCCACUUCCACAAUGACAGCAACAUCAGGCACCACUCAAACAUCUGCGAAGCCUUCCCGUGGCCGCAGAGAGGUGGCGUCUAGUGGAGCAGCAGCAGGAAGUGGAGCUGCUGCUGUAGGUGGACCAGUUAACCAUGGAGCAGAGGCAGCAGGUGGAGCUGUUGAAGGAGAAGCUGUGGGUGAGGAUGACUAUCAGGCAUAUUACCUGAGUGCUGCCUCAGAGGAAGGAGCAGACAGACAGCUGGUAGACAACCACCACGAGGACGAGCCAGACAUCUUUGCAGGGAUCAAACCGCUUGAGCAAGAGGGACGCAUGGAGGUGCUCUUCGCGUGUGCUGAAGCCCUCCAUGCUCAUGGUUAUAGUAAUGAGGCUUGCCGCCUGGCUGUGGAGCUGGCCAGAGACCUGCUGGCCAACCCUCCAGACCUGAAAGUGGAGCAGCCACAGACUAAGGGUAAGAAGAGCAAGGUGUCAACCAGCCGUCAGACACAGGUAGCCACUAACACACUGUCAAAAGCCGCCUUCCUCCUCACCGUCCUUAGUGAGCGACUAGAGCUCCACAACCUGGCUUUCAGCACCGGCAUGUUCUCCCUGGAACUCCAGAGACCACCAGCGUCUACGAAAGCCCUGGAGGUGAAGUUGGCCUACCAGGAGUCAGAAGUGGUGGCACUGUUGAAAAAGAUUCCUCUUGGUCUGGUGGAGAUGUCGACCAUUAGAGAGCGAGCCGAGCAGCUUAGGGACGGAAACUUUUGUGAUUACCGACCUGUUCUGCCUCUUAUGUUGGCCAGCUUCAUCUUCGAUGUACUGUGCACCCCAGUUGUGUCCCCAACGGGUUCCCGUCCACCCAGCCGCAACCGUAACAACGAGAUGCCCGGAGAUGAGGAGCUGGGCUUUGAGGCUGCUGUUGCCGCACUUGGUAUGAAGACCACAGUUAGUGAGGCAGAGCAUCCUCUGCUGUGUGAAGGAACUAGACGUGUGAAGGGUGACCUGGCUCUGGCUCUCAUGAUCACGUAUAAGGAUGACCAGAGCAAGCUCAAGAAGAUACUAGAUAAGUUGUUGGACAGGGAAAGUCAGACCCACAAGCCCCAGACUCUCAGCUCCUUCUACUCAAGCAAGCCAGCAGCUGGCAGUCAGCGCAGCCCGUCUAAGCAUACUGCCACCAGCCACAGUGGGGUGAGCGGAGCUACAGGGGGUGUCUCCAAACAUGCCCCCUCAUCUUCCCCUGCAAGCAAUUUGGCAGCCUCUUCCUCCAGCUCUUCGUCUGCUGUGGCGCCUACUGGUGAGGAGGUGGCUCCUCAGGCUGAACUGAACACAGUGCAGAGCAGUCCAGCAGGGGAGAGUACUGCUGAGAACAGAGAGCAUGUUUCAGAUGGGCCUCCAUCAUCAAAUGACCAGCAGAAUGAAACAGCUCCAUUUAAGCUUGAGGCUACAGUUCCCAGUCGGCUGGCACUGGGGCUACGUUGUGGAUACAGCCAACGCUGCUGGGGCUCACCUGUCCGACAAAAGAAGAAACACACAGGCAUGGCGAGUAUCGACAGUAGUGCUCCAGAGACAACGUCAGACAGUUCCCCCACCCUCAGCCGGCGGCCGCUCCGGGGUGGAUGGGCUGCAGCAUCUUGGGGGCGGGGCCAAGACAGUGAUAGUAUCAGUAGUUCAUCGUCUGAUUCACUGGGCUCCUCCUCCUCCAGUGGCUCUCGCAGGGCAGGAGGUGGUGCAAGGGCCAAGAGCGCUGACACCAGCAGGUACAAAGGACGACGUCCAGAGUGCCACGCGCCCCAUGUGCCCAACCAGCCAUCAGAGGCAGCAGCCCAUUUUUAUUUUGAGCUGGCCAAGACUGUGCUGAUCAAAGCUGGAGGAAACUCCUCCACCUCCAUUUUCACCCAACCCUCAGCCAGUGGGGGUCACCAGGGCCCCCAUAGAAACCUGCACCUCUGUGCCUUUGAGAUUGGCCUGUAUGCUCUUGGCCUCCACAACUUUGUCUCACCCAACUGGCUGUCCAGGACAUACUCCUCCCAUGUGUCUUGGAUCACUGGCCAAGCCAUGGAGAUUGGCAGCGCUGCCCUCAACAUUUUGGUGGAGUGUUGGGAUGGUCACCUCACCCCUCCAGAGGUGGCAUCACUGGCAGACCGAGCAUCACGGGCCAGGGACCCCAACAUGGUUCGGGCGGCAGCAGAGCUGGCCCUAAGCUGUCUGCCUCACGCUCAUGCCCUUAAUCCUAAUGAAAUUCAAAGAGCCCUGGUGCAGUGCAAAGAGCAGGACAAUGUCAUGCUGGAAAAGGCCUGCAUGGCCGUAGAGGAAGCAGCCAAGGGUGGAGGUGUGUACCCAGAGGUUCUGUUUGAGGUGGCUCACCAGUGGUACUGGCUGUAUGAGCAGUCAGUGGGAGGGGGCUCAGGCCAGCAGCGGGAGACCUCUGGGCGCUGUGGGGCCAACGGGGGUUCAGGCAGGAGGCCACCAGAGUCCAGCUGUGGUGUUCUGGACAAUGGAGCCAACAUGGAGUCUUCAGGGGUGGCAGCAGUCACAGCUUCAGUCACUGCAACAGCCGUUGUACCUGUCAUCUCUGUGGGAUCUACUAUUUACCAGUCCCAUGCCAUGCCUGGGCAGGCUAUGGCUCACCCUCACAGCCAAGGUCUUCACCCCUACACCACCAUCCAGGCCCAUCUGCCUACGGUCUGCACCCCCCAGUACCUAGGACACCCUCUGCAGCACGUCCCCCGGCCCACUGUCUUCCCUGUGUCUGGGGCUGCGUAUCCACAGGGAAUGCACCCAGCCUUCAUCGGCGCUCAGUAUCCGUUCUCAGUGGCUGCCGCCCCCCAGCCACCUAUGGCAGCCACAGCUGUCACCUUUCCUGGUGUUCCUGUACCAUCCAUGACCCAGAUCGCCGUCCAUCCCUACCACGCUGAGACAGGCCUGCCCCUCAGCACCACUGUAGCAGUCGGCAGUGUCCACUCUGGCCCCACCAUCCAGGCCAUACAGGGAGCGUCACUGCCGUCUCUCUCCUCCCAGCCUGCCUCAUUGGUCAGCACACCUUUCCAAGCAGAAGACGACCAGCACAGUCAGCCAAUCAGCCAACAGGGCCUGCACUACCUGCAUUCUGCCUACAGAGUUGGCAUGCUGGCAUUGGAGAUGCUAGGCAGGAGGGCUCACAAUGACCAUCCCAACAAUUUCUCCAGGAGCCCCCCUUACACUGAGGACGUCAAAUGGCUGCUGGGACUCGCUGCAAGGCUAGGAGUCAACUAUGUAUACCAGUUCUGUGUUGGAGCAGCAAAAGGUGUCCUCAGUCCGUUUGUCCUGCAGGAGAUCAUCAUGGAAGCUCUGCAGAGGCUGAACCCUGCCCAUAUCCAUGCCCACCUCCGAACUCCUGCUUUCCACCAGCUUGUCCAGCGCUGCCAACAGGCCUACCUGCAGUACAUUCACCACCGGCUUAUCCAUCUGACACCUGCUGACUACGACGACUUUGUCAACAUCAUUCGUAGUGCUCGAGGUGCUUUCUGCCUUACACCUGUAGGUAUGAUGCAGUUUAAUGAUGUGCUGCAGAACCUUAAGAGAGGCAAGCAAACCAAGGAGCUGUGGCAGCGCAUAUCCCUGGAGAUGGCGACCUUUUCCCCCUGAGUGGGACUGAGCGUGAGGAGUAGCAUCAAGAGCCUCCAGCAUUGCUACUGCCACGACACUGAGCUGGCCACAUUUAUGCUGUCUGGUUCUGUCAAAAACCCUGCUCCCUGCCAUGUGGAUUUAGCAAUGUGUACACAGGCAGCACAGUCGGCUCCUGUACCAACCCACAGACUUCCUUUUUUAAUAUUUGUUCAUUCACCCUGAGCUCAGUGGAGAAGCCUGUUCACCUUCCUACUUGUCCUUAUUCCUGACUGACUCCACACUUUAAUUUUAUCAUGGUUCAUAUCUGUGUCACUGUGGAAUUACAUAGUACUCCUUCCUGUCUUAAUUUCUCCUAAACCGAAGACUGAUGGGGACCUCUCACCGUCUCUACUCACUUCAUGUCCAGUGUUUAGUAGUUUUGUUUUGUUUAGUUUAGUUUUGAAUGAAAACCAGUGAGAGCAACUCAUUUUCAUGCUGCAACAUUCCUGUCCAGAGUGGGAGGUGCUGAGACCUCAUUCACCAAAAGCUUGUCACUAUGGAUCUGAAUCUUUGCAGCGUGGGACAAAAGGAAGAUUUGCAAGGAAACAAGAUUUAAUAUUGGAAAUUUUAUUGUCAGUACGGGUGAGGAUUUUUUAGAAUUUUGUUUAAUCUUUUUUGAUACUUUGUACAGACUAUACCAUGUAUGCAGAAAGGAAUGGGAAGAGAAUGAGACGAUGUUGGAGGUGAUGUUGUUGUUGUUGUUGUUGUUGUUGUUGUGUGGGAUCCAUAUUUACAUUUCAGCUUGCCUGGCGAGUGAACACAGCUCCAUACCAAAACCAGAAGUAAGGUAACCCCUGCUGAGCCAAGCAGAGCCCACAAGGGCUUCUCCAGCCGCAUUCUUCCUGACUGUCCAACACUUAGAACAUCUAGGUUAGUCUUUUGUUAUGACUUGUCAGGCCGGGUUUCAUUUUACAUUUUUUAUGAUAUCUAUUUUUUCAGAGCUCCCCAAGGCAGCAUGACAGACAGGUUUUUUUUCCCUAGUAGAUGCCACAAUCAAGAUAUCAUCUUAUGAAGCUCCACAAACUUUCAGAACCAAUCCAUUUUUGUUAAAUAUAAAUAUGCUUCACAAAGGAUUUGACAUUUGACAAAGAUUUAGUCUGUAAUGCCUUCCUACCACAACAACUAUACAAAAUCCAAGCUUAUUUACAUCAGCAUAAAAAUUUGUAUAACAUGACCCAAGAAUGACUCUUAAGAAGUAUUGAAAUUCCAUACCCAGCUCUUCUCUCCCGAAUCACUGGCUAGGUAAAGUACGUAAACUAGUAGAUCUGUGUAGAGGACAGUCCCCUGCUGGCAAGUUUAGGGAACCAGGUGUGCACAUUUUUUUAGGAGAGGUGGUAAAGUUAGCCAGAUAUACAUUUGCCAAACUGAUCAGAUAGUCCUCAUCUUCAUUCUUCCAGUGCUCCCCUUUUUGUACAAUCAAAACAUAUAGUUUGAAAACACUUUGAACAAGCAAAUUAUAUUGAUUUGUCCAUUCAUUAGCCACACCCACUUUAUCCUGUGGGGUGUCACCUAUUCUAGCUGACAUAGAGCAAAAAGCAAGGUGCACCCUGAGCAGGGCCUGAAAAAACAUGUUGUGAGUCUUAUCUUUGUGUAGUUUGUCCAACCACACGUCGCGGUGCAGUGUCCUCUGUGACUUUUCCAGUACACCAAACAGGAGUGAGCCUCUCCCACACCACUACGACCAUGAUUGGCCGAUCGACAUCUCUGAUGAAUCAAACAUUCUGGCCACAAUCGAAAACAAACUUAAGGAAGCCACACAAAACUGAAAUGCGUGCUUUUACACUGUGUGACUGGUUUGGUUUUACAGAAGAAAGAAAACUGGGGUCUAAGUAGUUGGUCUGGCAAAUGUACAUUUUAAAUUCAAAGAAUACGCAAUGGAUAAGUCAGUUCCAUACAGGGGUACAGUGGCUGCGGCUCAUUUUUCAGCCAGCUUCUUCAAAGAUUCUACAUCAAAACAGAAUACAUGCCAAUGUAUCUGUACCACUGACUACUGUGUCUGUGUUUUUUCAUCUGAAUUUGUAGGCUCUUGGAGGUGUUCAGUAUCCCAAAUUCACUGUGCUGCUUACUUGUCUCAGUGAGGCUACAGCUGUGAUUUUGCGAUACCACUACAGUGACUCCUUUGUAGACUGUCUCACAUGUGGACAAUGCAUCUACUCCUCAAAAGAUCAUACAUUCAGAGAAGAUGACUUUGUAACACAGUGGCCCUUGAAUGAGACAGGACUGUGGUUUUGCUAUGAAAGUGCAGCUUUGCUGACCUGUGUAAUGCACAUGAGUCCAAACACUCACCCAGACCUGUCAAGAAAUUAAAACCCAUGAGUGUGUUUGAGUGGCCACUUUCUUCAGUGUGGUUAGCUCAUAGACCAUGGUGCUGUUAUUUUAAGACAUGUUGAUGCUCUCUGUCCAGGCAGCUGCUGUGGUUCUGAACCUGCCUGUGUAAUUGGUUCUGGACCUCACAGGUGAAGGUGACUUAGUAGAAAAUGUACUGUGAUAUUUUUGUAUUCCUCAAAAGUGUAGCUUGAUUGAAAAGUUCUAUAUGUGCUGAUUGCAAAAGGUUCUAAUUUAGAGUGAAAAGAAUAAAAAAAAAAAAAAAAAAGCAAUACUAAAAGUGUAGAGUUUACUUAAUAAAGAUCAUUCAAAACACU